AUUGCGAUGUUGCUGCACUUGCUGCAGCAGCAGUGAAGAGUGAAGCAAACAAAAAUGGCGAGCUUGGCAGCCGCGGCUCUGCUGGACGAGCUAAUGGGCAGGAACAGAAACAUCCUGCCCGAUGAUGUCCAGAACAAAAUCAGCUGGGAUGAUCCUGACAUAUGCAAGUUGCACCUCGUCAAGUUGUGUCCACACGAGUUGUUUGUAAAUACGCGAGCCGAUCUGGGCCCGUGUCCGAAAAUCCAUGACGACGAGAUGCGGAAGGAGUACGCAAAGCAGUCGACCUACCGGAAACAGCAGUACGAGGACGAGUUCAUCCGCUUCUGUCAGGGAAUGCUGAACGAAGUUGAGAGGAAAAUAGCCAAGGGCAAAGUUCGCCUUGCCCUUAGCGGACGUUCGGCUGAAGCUAUUGAGGCUCCUGAAAACGAAAAGGCCGAAACAGAGGAAAUUCGCGAAUUGACGGACAAAAUCAACGGACUGGUCGAAGAGGCUGAGAAGUCUGGGAUAAUGGGCAAUGUGGAUGAGGCUCAAGAGUGCAUGCGUCAGUGCGAUGAAAUCAGAGAGCAGCGCGAGCAACUCCGCAGACAGAACGGCUAUUCUUGGACAAACGAACUUGCUCAAGCUCAGGAAAAGCAGAUGGAGGUGUGCGAAACGUGCGGUGCUUUCUUGAUCGUUGGGGACGCCCAGCAACGAAUUGAUGAUCACUUGCAGGGCAAGCAGCACAUGGGCUACGCCAGGCUUAAGGAAGCUGUUGAUGAAAUCUUGGAUAUUAGAAAGAAGGCAAAAGAGGAGCGGGAGAAAAGGCGAGAAGACGAACGGAAAGAGAGGGUGCGGGCUCAGAAAGCAGAAGAAAAGUUGAGGGAAGCAGAAAGAGAAGUGCGGAGAAUGGGUCGGGGAGGCAAAGAUGAAGAAGAACCCCCCAGACACACCAACAGAAAACCCAAGCAGGGAAAACACAGAUCUCGUUCAAGGUCUCGAAGCCCUCAUUUUAAAGGCAAUCGCAGGGAAGCUGGCAGAGAUCACGAUCGGCAUGAAAAACCAAGACAUGCUAGAAGAAGUCCAGAACACCGAAGGGACUACCGAGAGGAAAGGAAUCGCAACGACAGAAAUGGUGGUAGGAGUUACAAAGACUCCAGUCGAAGGGGUUCCUAGGUUGUCUAAAUACAAGUUAGUCAAAGCUGGAGCUCGAGGUAAGUGGAGACGGUCAAAAAAAGUAGCUUUAAAAAAUCAGGAACUUGUUCCCUGAGCAUGCUUUUAAUUAUUCCAAUCAAAAAGUUGCCAUGCAGGUAUGUGGCGACUCUUUUAACGAAAGGGUUGAAUUUGGAAAAUGUUCAUGUUGAAUCUAUCUAUCACUUUGCUAUUGCUUUUGUUUUGAUUUUCCAAAUGUAAAAAAUAUAAAUUGUGGUGGACAAUUAGAACACAGCUAUGCGAGUCAAGCGAGCAUCACGUCAGUUGUUGCCAACAAAUGAGCCUGUCCAUUACAGUGGAACCAGCAAUAUAGUCUGCUGCUACAAUAACCCUCAGGUGACCCAGUUCUAGAUAGACAACAGUAUCGAACCUGUUGCUAUUGGCAAUUAUAUAGGGAUUGUUCACAUAAAAAUUUAUUUGAGGAAUCCUAUCAUAAAUAAGCGUUUAUUUUAAAUUGGUGGUUGUUUUUAGCUAAUGAAUUAAUUAACUCCCGGGAUUUUUGGAAAACAUUAAGUAAGAAAUAUUAAGAGAGAUGCAUUUAUGUGCCUUUCAAUUUCAUUGCAUAAGAAAUUACAGAUAAGAAAGGGGAAUUUCAAACUGCAUGUUACUUUAUAAGUAAAAUAUUUUGUGACAGCCAAUUUUGAAUUUCUUGACUACAUGAAAACAUCAAAUGCUUAUUCGAAGACUGACAUCUAAAUUUUGUUUUCAGUGCGUUUCAAAAAUGCGUUACGAAGCUCAUCUCCUGGGUUUGAUUGAUGACUGAUGACAUGAUAUAUCAUCUGCUCUUGGAACACCACACAAGGUGACUUAAUUUUAAUGGCCUCUGCAUUCCUAAUUUCCCUUGUUGUAAUUAUUUCUCUCUCACGCCCACUAAAUGUUUUAAAUUAUUUCCAAAAUUUAUCGCUCCUUUCUGAAGAAGUUGACACCCUUAUAUUAUGAGGUUUUAAUGUAUGGAGUGCUAUUAUCUUGUUAAAAAGUGGGCUAUAAUAAUUUGCCAUUAUUAUCAUGUAUUUUGUUGCUUUCUAACAAAAAAAAAAAAAAAAAAAAAAAUUGUGGUAAGUGCUCAAAUCCCAGAGAAUCCAUCAAUCAGUGCAUGUUGAAGUAUGUAAAGUAGUAAUAAAGUUUUAUUUGUUAAUUAUAAAGUCUGUCGAGCUCGCAGACAAAGUGAGAGUUUACAGCAUCCUGGCUAAUGAACUGCCAGUAAAAGUUGAACAUAAAAUUAUGCAUUUAGCAUUUUAACAACAAAAAAGUGUAUGACAGUUGAUUGAACAAAUAAAUAAGAAAAAAUAGCCACUGGUGACUUUUAUUAAAUUCUAUGUAUACAUUAUUAUAUAAUAUAUACCAUAUAAUCCAGCUUGUCAAAGGAAAGGGUUAUAAUGUUUGCAUAAGUGGCAACACCGCAUUGCGUACAGUUGUCAUGUCAGUAGCUAGGCAGAUGGCAGACAACACAAAAGUUAAAGCAUUGAAGUUCAUUAUUUGUGAUUCAACACUUGAGUUAACAUUUUUUCGAUAAUGGAUAUGUUAACGAGAGACUUAGCAAAUGACUAUGCAGAAUAUGUCAAAGUUGAUAUGAAUGAAGAAUUGAAAGUAGUCGGUGAAACUGUGGAAGAUAUGCUCACAAGGCUUGAAGAAUUUGGAAGCUUAUUAGAAGGGGUUCAUAAUGGAGGAACUAGCAGUCUAUUGCACUUAGGACCCGAAAUACAAAUUAGCUGCCAGGCACUAGAUGGAGUUUUCAAAAAGAUCGACCAAAUUGAAAAGCUAGUGACCAGAGUUAAAAAAGAUGUCAGUACAAUGGAAGCGCAUUUAGAUUCCGCUGAAGCAAAGUGUGGUCUUGCCUCUUCUGACCUCCGAAGCUUCUUCAAACCAUUAUUCUCA